AUGUCCCUAUUUGGAAGAAUUGAUGAAUUCAAGCCAGACGGUGAGCCAUGGUCGGCGUAUGUGGAACGGAUCGAACAAUUUUUCGAAGCUAACGAUGUAGCCGACGAGAAACGAGUGGCAACGCUGCUAACAGUUAUGGGCGCAUUCACCUACGGACUUCUAAGGAAUCUGGUGCAGCCUAGUAAACCUAAGGACAAGACAUUUGAUGAGAGUUUUACAAUAUUAAAGGAACAUUUUGAGCCUAAGCCGAUAUUGGUGGCACAGAGAUUUCGUUUUAACCGAUGUAAUCAGAAGCACGAGCAGCCGGUGGCAGAGUAUGCGGCGGAGUUGAAAAGGAGUGCAGCCCAUUCUAUAGUGGUGAAACCUGAUGUGCCGCCCAAAUUUUGUAAAAGCAGGCCACUCACAUUUGCUAUGAAAGAAUGAGUUGAAAGGGAACUUAAAAGACUGGAAGAUGCUAAAAUAAUCUCUCCAGUGAAGCAUAGCGAAUGGGCAACACCCAUAGUGCCCGUACAAAAAAAAGAUGGAUCACUCCGGUUAUGCGGAGAUUACAAAGUGUCAGUCAACCAAGCAAUAGAGACUGAGUCUUAUCCCUUACCACGUUUAGAGGAGCUGUUGGCGACCCUUAGUGGUGGUAAAAUCUUUUCCAAGAUAGAUUUGGCUGCAGUCUGUCAGCAGGUUGUACUGGACAAUGACUCAAAGACAUAUACGACCAUCAACACUCAUAGAGGACUAUAUGUAUAUAAUCGACUUCCUUUUGGAAUCAGCUCAGCACCCGCAUUCCAGCGUAUUAUGGACAAUCUGAUGAAGGAUUUACCAGUUGUCGUUUACCUGGAUGAUCUGCUGGUCACAGGAAAUACAGAGGAGGCUCAUAUGUCAAACUUGCAAAAAGUUCUACAACGCUUACAGGAUAAUGGACUGCGGGUGAAACGCUCAAAGUGUGCGUUCGGCAGGAAAACGAUUGAGUAUUUGGGACAUGAACUGGAUGAGCAUGGGGUCAGACCCUCAAAAGAGAAGGUGAGAGCCAUUCAAGAAGCUCCAGCCCCUACCAAUGUCAGCGAGUUACAGGCGUUCCUGGGAUUAUACAAUUACUAUGGGAGGUUUGUACCGCAACAAAGCACAGUGUUAGCACCAUUGUACAAACUGCUGCAAGCAAACGUGACAUGGAAAUGGACAGAGGAGCAAAACACUGCUUUCCUUAAAUGCAAGGAACUGCUUGCAAGUGACCGAGUUCUAGCUCAUUAUGACCUUAACCUACCACUCACUCUGGCCUGUGAUGCUUCAGCAUAUGGUAUCGGAGCAGUCAUCCAGCAUACAAUGCAAAAUGGAGAAGAACGCCCUGUGGCCUACGCUUCUCGGACGUUAAGCCCAGCUGAGAAGAAAUAUUCUCAGAUAGAAAAAGAAGCAUUGGGAAUGGUUUAUGGUAUGAAGAAAUUUCACCAGUAUUUUGGCCGCCACUUUACACUGGUGACUGAUCAUCGCCCCCUGGUGACGCUGUUCAGUGAACAUAAAGGUCUACCAACUUUGGCAGCUGCACGCAUCCAACGGUGGGCAAUCAUCCUCGCUGCUUAUGACUACCACAUUGUUUAUCACAAGUCAAAAAAGCAUAGCAAUGCAGAUGGACUUUCCCGGGUUCCCUUACCAGAAACUAGUGAAUUGUCACGAGUCUACAAGUACGUGAUGGAAGGUUUGCAUGGGAAACAGGAAGAACACUUAAAGCCAUUCAGCAUGAGGAAAAAUGAACUUUCAACAGAACAAGGUUGUGUGCUUUGGGGUACAAGGGUUGUCAUACCUACCAAGCUGGGAGGGAGAGUCCUAAAAGAAAUCCAUUUAGGACAUCAAGGCAUUGUCAAGACAAAAGCCUUAGCCCGUAAAUAUGCAUGGUGGCCCGGUCUUGAUUUGGAUGUGGAGCGUCUUUGCAGAGAAUGUGAGACAUGCCAGUUGGACAAACCAACACCCCACCAAGUUCCCCUACAUCCAUGGGAGUUUCCUGGAGAACCAUGGAAAAGACUGCACAUAGACUUUGCUGGGCCUUUCAUGAGUGCCAUGUUCAUGAUAGUGGUCGAUGCACACACAAAGUGGUUGGAAAUAUUUUGCAUGUCAAAAAUCACCACCGAGGCUACCAUCACAAGACUAAGGAGAUUGUUUUUUUUUGGACUGCCAGAGCAAAUUGUGACUGACAAUGCAACUACAUUCACAUCAGCAGAGUUCAAAACUUUUGUGAAAAUGAAUGGGAUUCAUCACACUACAAGUGCACCAGGACACCCAGCAUCAAAUGGUCUGGCGGAGCGAUAUGUCCAGACCUUUAAAGCCUGAAUGAAGAGACUGGCUCACACCCAUCUGUGCAUUGAUGAUAAGAUUUCCUUGUUUUUGUUGCAGUACAGAUCCACUCCUCACUGCACCACGGGACAGUCCCCUGCUGAUCUGUUUCUGCGCAGACACAUUUGUACCAGGCUGGAUUUUCUGCAGCCGUGCACCAAGGAGCGGGUGAGGAAGAGACAAUAUCACCAGAAAGACUGCCAUGAUUACAGUGCUGCAGAUCAUUCGUUUGAAGUGGAAGAUGCAGUGUAUCUGCGUAGCACUGUGAGUGGGGGUCACAAUUGGAUUCCUGGUAUGGUGGUGCGACAGACUGGUCCAGUUUCCUACGAAGUCCGAGAGCGGGAUUCUGGCACAGUUCACAAACGGCAUGGAGUUCAGCUAAGAGAGCGAGCUGUACCUGCGGCAGACCAAGUGGUCUCGACAGAAGAAGCAAGUCUGGAAGUGGAGACAAGCUGUGGAAGUUCCCCACAAAAGGGAGAUUUUCCUAACCAGUCACCUGAGCCAGUGGUUUUGAGACGCUCACAACAUGAAAUAAAGCGUCCCCUUAGAUUUCAAACUUGAUAUUAAAAUAUUUCUUUUUGAGAUUAAUGACUUUAGGACAGACUGUAAGAAACCUGUUUCGUCUAUUUUGCAGAAAUUGAUGUUGUUAAGGUAUCCCAGUUAAAAGGGGA